AUGACCGCGGACUCGCACGUGUUCCACCAACGGUCGCCUGUGGGCGACGCCUUCAACGCCGGCUCGGCUGGUGCCGUGGUGGGCUUGCUGGUGAGCGCUGUGCAGAACAGUCUCCAGAAGCACCAUGCCGGCGCGAUGGGUAUCUUCACCCGGACGGGCGGCACGAUUGCCCUGUUUACUAUGAUCGGUGGUGCCUUUGCGUACACGGACGCCUUCACAGCAAACUCCCGCCGCAAGGAAGACGGCUGGAACGGCGCUGCGGGCGGCUGCGCCGCCGGCCUUGUCGUCGGCGCUGCUUCGCGCUCUGUUCCGCUGAUGGCCGGCUCGUGUGUGGGUAUGGGCGGCAUUCUCGGCACGUUCCAGGCGGCCGGAUCGACUAUGCUGAACGAGAAGCUCAUCAGGCCCAAGCCGCUCGAGAAGCUCGACCCCGAGAGCCCUCUGCUGGGUUCUUCGCAGGAGAGGCGGGCGCACUUCUUCAAGGUGCGUGGUGUCGACUAA